CCGACGUUCACCCUUUGCCUAACCGAAAACCAUGCGGCCUUCAACACGACUACGGGCGUUUACAACCGAAGAUGGUUUACCGGGCGAGGAUUGCCUGUUUGUCAGUAAGGAUGUGUGGGACGAAUUGAUACGCCAGGGAGCAAGAUGUGUCCCUUCUCGUGCCGGGAGUGGGUCGCGGCUUUUGGUGUCUAUUACUCUGGACGAUAGUAUCUCCGCCGGUUACGAAACAUACUUUACUACAAAUCACCAAGGGCAACGGUCGCCCUGUAGUUCAUUCCUGUCGUACGUGCGGAUAUCUUAUGCAACCGAGGUUGAAAAGGCCACUGUGCGAAUCCCUCCACAAUUUUUCACCCGAAACGAACUUCCGGUGCCAGAUCCAGAUGAUGAAGUUGAUAUCGAAUUGCAUACCUGUGGGACCGUCGAGCUCAAUGAAGUCAUAUUGGGUGCACUGGAUCAAGCUUCCUACGAAACGGCAACGAAAGAUGGUCGCUCCAUUCAAAAUCAGUUGAUUGUUGACGCCACCUUACUUCGUCAAUCCGCUACCUGCAGAAUAUCGGUCGACGAUAAUGUCCUUGUUUUUCGCGUGCUGAUGUGCUCGCCGGUCCUACAAGGAACAAUCUCAGCAAACUCGCGGGUCAUUUUUUCGAGAGCAGAAUGGCUCGUCGGUCCUGACCUCAGUAUGACAGCAGUCAAAUCAUUGGGCAACGAAUCUCUCGUGCCAGAUGUCCUUCUUGACGAUGCCGGCAUAGAGGAUGGCCUUCAUUUCAGCACAGAUGCGGAUCGUCUAGACGCAGAUUUCGUUGACGCAGCACAUGAAGAAGAAAUUCAUGGCAGCAGGGGAAGCUUGAGUAGUGUGGAAGCAUUGCCUGUAGUGUUGAGUCACCGGGUACCUCGGUCGAUGGUAUAUCCCAAACCCGGCGCGCGGGACGACUUGGAUAUCGGAAUUUGGGUUCCAUAUUCGAUUUUGGUUAAGCUCAAAGUGUUCAGCGGAAGCAUGGUUUCGGUGCUAAACGACCCAUCUUCAGCGGAAGGGCGAUUGUGCAGAAUUUAUGGUUGCGAUACGCCUUUCGAGCAAAGGGGAGGCUCGCAGUUACCCAACGCCUACAUGUCUCCAUCAUUAUAUUUCAAUAUGCAACUCAAUCCCUCCAAGCCAAUACACCUGAUGCCGCUCUCCCGGGAACAAAUGAUGGAAGCAAUACCAGUGGCAAGCGAAGUGACGGUGGCGCGUCUCGCCGGUUCUUUAACAAAUGACAAGAGAGUGUUGGAUGAGUGCUUGAUUCAGCUAAGAAAAUGGUUCGAGGACACAGAAAGGGUGGUAUGCGAAGGGGAUAUCAUCACCGUCGUGGUUAAUGAGGAACAAGCUCGCAUGCAUGCCCUAUUCUCGAUGGAUGAUAGUGAUGAGAUUGUAGAGCAUGAUCUACAGUGUUUCCCGGCGGCUGCGAGAGCCAACGAUCUAGCGUACUUCAAAAUCACUCAUGUGGCUGUUGAUUCAUCCAUUGACUCGAAGGGAACUUCAAGAUCCAUGGGUGUCAUGGUAAAAAUAGACCCUGCCGUCACAAGGAUAACGCAGUCCGGUAUCGCGCAUGGUCGAGUCCCGCCACGACAACGGAGCUACUUGGGAGCUGGCAUUGUACCAACUGCACCGGAGAAAAGCGCCAGCGAUGCAUACCGGGAACUUUCAGGACUCAUGUCUACAUGUCUCCAUCCGACGUCCUUGGCAUUAGGACUGAAUUGCACAGUUCUUCUUCAUGGUCCUCGAGGAGCGGGCAAACGUACGUUGAUAUAUGCCGUUGCGGAAGAUCUAGGAAUUCAUCUGUUGGAGGUCAAUGCCUACGACAUCAUCGGUGACACGGAUGCCAAAACGGAGUCAUUCCUGCAAAUUCAAUUUGAGAAGGCUGCUGCCACGGCGCCGUGUGUAUUAAUUAUACGUCACGUCGAUGCCCUGGCUAAAAAACCUGGAGCUGCUGCCGCCGAGCCAGGAGACGAACCGACUGUGACCAAGGUUCUCUCUGAGUGCUUGACAAUGAUUUCGGAGUCUUUUAAAACGUCAGGACACGUAGUGAUGGUAGUCGGUACAACUGCUGAUUUGGAUAAGAUUCCUACCGGAAUGCAGGCUCUGUUCAGGCACCAUUUGUUAUGCGAGAGCCCCUCAGAGGAAAUGCGAUUGCAUAUAUUGACGAAUCUAACCAAAGGCAUUUCGAUGACGCCGGAUGUCAGCCUGCCCCUUCUGGCCAUGCAAACUGCGGCACUUGUUGCUCGUGAUCUUGUUGAUCUGGUAGCCCGCGCCGGCUACAAUGCCCUAGAGCGGGUACUGGGCGCGAUGCAAGCAUUAGGGCACAACGUUUCCGAAUCAGACGUAGUACAUGCGGGCGUAGCGGUAACUUCUGAAGAUUUCAGUAAAGCUCUAGACAAGUCACGAGCAGCCCAUUCCGACGCCAUAGGCGCGCCGAAGAUCCCGAACGUUACCUGGGAUGACGUCGGUGGUCUUAGCCACGUCAAAGACAACAUCUAUGAUACCAUUCAGUUGCCACUGGAACAUCCUGAACUUUUCGCCAGUGGUAUGAAGAAGCGUUCGGGUAUCCUUCUAUACGGCCCGCCAGGGACAGGCAAAACCUUGGUGGCUAAGGCGGUUGCUACCAACUUCUCCUUGAACUUCUUGUCCGUAAAAGGGCCCGAGUUACUGAACAUGUACAUCGGUGAAUCGGAAGCAAACGUGCGCCGUGUUUUUCAAAAAGCUCGUGAUGCUCGACCUUGCGUCGUUUUCUUUGAUGAGUUGGACAGUGUUGCGCCUAAGCGCGGGGAAAAGGGGGAUUCUGGCGGUGUUAUGGACCGAAUAGUGAGUCAACUUCUUGCGGAGAUUGAUGGAAUGGGAGGUGGUGCGGACGUAUUUGUGAUCGGUGCUACCAAUCGGCCAGAUUUAUUAGAUCCUGCUUUGCUACGACCGGGAAGGUUUGACAAACUGCUCUAUCUGGGCGUUAGCGAAGACCAUGACUCGCAACUGAAUAUUUUGAAGGCAUUGACCCGAAAGUUCCGCUUACAUCCGUCUCUCGACCUGCGCCGCAUUGCCGAUUUGUGUCCAUUCCACUACACCGGCGCUGACUUUUAUGCUCUGUGCUCAGAUGCUAUGCUUAAAGCGAUUAUAAGGACAAUCGAUAAUGUUGACGCCAAGAUUGCAACUCUGAAUGCGUCAGGUCCACACGAGCACCAUCCUCAUCCCAUUCCCCCGCCGUAUUAUCUGGAGAAUAUGGCGGAGGCUGAAGACACUUUUGUCCAAGUCGAGGAGGUGGAUUUCCGUAAAGCUCUCGAGGAAUUGGUGCCUAGUGUGAGUCCUAAAGAGCUGCAACGAUACAAAGAGGUUCGAAGCAAGUUCGAAACGGAAGACAAGGAAGACAAGAAGAAAGGGAAGGGGAAAGCCGUAGCAGAUAUGGUGCCUAGUGUUGUCGACAGAGCGCAAUUGAGUUUCCGCUCAGAUGCUGGAAAGAAGAUCAAUGGCGGAUCUUCCCAGCAGAACGGUCACGAACCAAUACCAGUUCCGAACGGACUACCGCCCGUGGAGCACGUAAUAUCAAAUGGACGCUUGAAUAAUGAACAUUCAAAAGCUUAUUUUGCGGAGGAGGGCAGUGGCAGCAGUGGCACGGACAUUGGGAGUAGUGGAAGAGCGGGUGGUGAGCAGGCAGUUAGCGAAUCAACCCACCUGAGCGAUGUGCCGACAGCUCCGGGUGAGCCAACUGCAACGCCUGAUACCGCAUCAGCCAGGAAUAGUGCGGACGAAUUAAAUACGUCUGCAACCGAUCCUUCGCAUUCAACAGAUAGUGCCAGCGCGAGCCCGUUGUCAGCGAAAGCGAAAGGUAAAACGCCAGUUCACAAGACAGGGAAAGGGAAACGGCGGCGAUAGUAUUUCAAUCAUGGUAUAUUAUUGUAGUGUCCACCUCUUGGUGACGGUGAAUAUCAAUGUAGAUAACUAUCUAUGCAUAAAUUCAAUAGUGGGGAUGGUGUGAAAGCCUCCCUACCCAUACUCCGUUCAGCA